CAUGCCGUUCGUUAGCUAUCCAAGAAGCAGAACAAUUGUGACACUGACACCUAGGCCUACUUUGCCUGGGCCCGCACGUCAGGGGAACAUGCCCUCCGUUUAAACUCCAGAUCCGCCUCUCCAGUCUCCAGUCUCGGCCCUACUCCUACCAUCCUACCAUGGCGGCUGCCUCGGCCUUUCCACUACUACUCGCCCUACUCCUCCUACCGGCCGCCGCGCCCGUGCGCGCAGCCUCGGCGUCGGUCUCGCUCCCUGCGCUGCCGCUCUCAACGGCGUCGCGGUGGUUGGUGGGCGCGGACGGGCGGCGCGUGAAGCUGGCGUGCGCGAACUGGGCGUCGCACCUGGAGCCGGCGGCCGCGGAGGGCCUGGCGCGGCGCGGCGUGGGGGAAAUAUCGGCGCGCGUGGCGGCGAUGGGGUUCAACUGCGUGAGGCUCACCUGGCCGACCUACCUCGCCACCAACGCCACUCUCGCGUCGCUGCCGCUGCGGUGGUCGCUGGAGCGCCUCGGCAUGCUCGAGUCCGUCGCCGGCGUGCGGGUCAACAACCCCGCCCUCCUCGAGCUGCCCCUCAUCGAUGUGUUCCUGGAAGUGGUGUCAGCUUUGGCCAGCAAAGGUAUUAUGGUCAUACUUGAUAACCAAAUGACCACUCCAGGAUGGUGCUGCAGCAGAACUGACGGCAAUGGGUUCUUUGGAGACAAGUACUUUGACCCUGAAGAAUGGUUGAAAGGCCUUAGUGCAAUGGCGAAAAUAUUUAAGAACACAAAAAAUGUUGUGGGAAUGAGCUUGCGGAAUGAGCUUCGAGGCCCCAAUCAAAAUGUUACUCUAUGGUACAGGUACAUGCAACUAGGUGCUGAAGCUGUGCAUGCAGCAAACCCUGACGUCUUGGUUAUUUUGUCGGGCCUGGAUUUUGACAACACUCUCAGCUUCUUGUUCUCAAAAAAAGUUGAGUUAUCAUUUACUGGAAAGUUAGUUUAUGAGCAACAUUGGUAUGGUUUCUCAGAUGGAGGCAAUUGGGAAUUUCAGAACCAAAACGAUGUUUGUGGGAUGGUUGUUGAUUCUAUAAAGACUAAAGGGUUGUUCCUUCUUCAACAAGGAUGGCCAUUGUUUUUCUCUGAGUUUGGAUUUGACAUGUCUGGCACGCAUAUUGCUGAUAAUCGCUAUCUUACCUGCUUUUUAAGUGUAGCAGCUGAAAUGGAUCUGGACUGGGCAAUUUGGGCUUUGCAAGGGAGUUACUAUAUCAGAGAGGGUAUUUUAGCUUAUGAUGAAUCAUAUGGAUUACUAUCUUGGGACUGGUGUACAGCUAGAAAUCCCAGCUUCAUUAAGAGGAUCAAAUAUCUGCAAUCACCAUUUCAAGGUCCUGGUCUACCAAACAGUCGAGAGCCAUACAACGUAAUAUUCCAUCCCCUAACUGGACUUUGUGUCUUGGUGAACUCUUCAAAGUCACUUGAAUUGGGACCAUGUGAUGAAUCAAACGCUUGGAACUACACUUCAACUUAUGAGCUUGUAGUGAAAAACACAGGACAAUGCCUUCAAGCGAAGUCUGUUAACGCGAAUGCAAAUCUUGGUACUGAUUGCAACAAAUCCAGUUCGAAGUGGCAGUUAAUAUCAAAUUCAAGGAUGCAUGUUUCAACUGAACUCACUAAAAAUGGAACCAGGGUGUGCUUGGAUGCCAAUCCUGAUGGUGCCAUCACAACAAAUCAUUGUAAGUGCCUAAGCGUAGACCCAACCUGUAAUCCUGAGAGUCAGUGGUUCAAAGUUAUCUUCAGCAGUAGAGAAAUACCUGGGGGGUCCUCCAUCUUGCAGUUGCCAUCCCUUGGACCCUGGCCUCCAACAUCAUAUAGUUCAUGAUAGUAUGAGAACAUCCCAUUUUCAUAUGAUCAAGGACGAAUACGAGUAAUGCGAAGAGAAUUAUGUGGAAUAUCUGCAAAGUUCAAGCCAACUGGAUCACUGUGGUCUUGUGGUCUAGAAAGUGGAAAAUAAUCUGCAAUGUUCUCAGAUUUCACUUAAGGCUUACCCAAUAAGGUGGGAAAAUGGGGAAGAGGUUAUUACCUACACCAUCUGUAGAAUGUAUCAUCAUUUAAAUCACUUGAAAUUUGCUAAUGGUACUGAGUUUUAGAAUAACUCUUGUUUGUACAAAACCACCGACAAUAAUUGGAUUGUGCAGAAUAUCUUUGAUUCUGUUGUUCAUGCA